GAUGUUCGAGGGCGUCUCCUCUCAGCCCAGUCUUCUAUACAACAGUUAAGAAAGCAGCUUUCAGAGGCAGAUUGGACUAAAAGAGACGCAGAACAGCGAAACCAAACUCUGCAGAGAGAGAAGGACGCUGCUCAGAGAGAGCUGGAGACCACACAGAAGGAAAAGGAGCGUCUGAAGCAGGAGAGAGAUACACUGGCCAGUGAUAAGGUGAACUUGGAGAAGACUGUACAGGCGGCACAGAGCAGCAAACAGAUGCUGCAGAUGGACUGCGAGAAGCUGCAGCUGACGGUGGCGUCCACGCAGCGAGAGCGUGAUCACGAGAGGGAGGAGAAGGAGGCCGCCAUUCAGGAGAGAGACCGUGCGAAGGCAGAGACUCAGAGGAUACAAAAGCAGUGGGACCAAAGCGAGAUUCGAGCGUCCACUCAGCGUGCAGAGUUGUCUACAGUGAAGGAAACUCACCAGCAGGGGGAGGUUGAGAGGCAGCUGCUGGAGAGAGAGAAAGCCCAAGUGUCUGAGGCGCUUGCCAAAACUGAGAGCAGUAAUGCAGAGCUCUCUCUGCUCCUGAACAAGCUGCAGUCUGAGGCCGCAGCUCUCAGAGACUCUCUGGCCAAAAUGGGCAACAUGAAUGAGAGCCUGGUCCAGGAUAAAACUGAACUGAACACUUGCAUAUCCCAGCUGGAGGAGGAGAGGACCCUCCUGCAGGCUCAGAAACGCCAGGCGGAGCAGGAGAAGUUGACCAUCAGGGACGAGCUAGUGCGAUUGGAGCAAGACCGGCUGGAGUUGGACUCUGCGCGCAUCACUCUGCACCAGUCGCUGCAGGAUGCUGAGCUGAGCCGAGUGGGGAUGGAGGCAGAGCUCCAGAGUCUCAGGGCUGAGAGACUUAAGCUGCAGGAGAAAGUCACCCAGCUCUGUGGCGAGGUGACCUCUCUGGGGUCAGAGUUGAGUCUUACCAGAGGAGAGGGCCAGAGGAACGAGGUGGCGUUGGAGGAGGUUGGCCGCGGUCGGGCAGAACUGGCUCGAGACAAAGCGGCUCUCGUUGUUCAGCUGACGGCGUCUGAGAGAGAAAACACUGUGCUGUCGGAGGAGCUGGCUGCUUUCAGGUCGGAACGUGAGUCCCUGGAGACGAGUCUGUUCGAGGUGCAGCAGCAGCUCGUUCAGGUGGAGUCUCGCAGAGAGCAGCUGGAGACGGAGAACCAAACCCUGCGAGUUCGCUGUGAAACUGCUGCUGCUGAACUGUGGCAACUUCGCUCCGACGGGGAGAAUAUUUUGACACAGGCCGAGCGGGAGAAACAGGCUCUGACUCAGUCUCUAAGUGCGGCACAUCUGGAGGCCCAGCAGGCUUUACGCAAGGCCAUCUCUGAACACCAGGAGGAGGUGGAGAGGCUGGUCUCAGAAAAGGAAGUCUUGCGGCACAACCUGCUGAUGGAGCACGAAGUCGCGCUGAGGAAGCUCCGGCAGGAGACGGAGGAUCAUCUUCACAGAGUGCAGAGGGAACGAGAGGAGCUGCAGGAGGAACUGAGGAGUCUCCAGCAUGACAGAGACCAGAGUCUGCUGCAGGCCGAGACUGAGAAACAACAGGCUCUGUCUCUGAAGGAGGCAGAGAAAAGUGUUUUGUCUGACAGGGUGUGCAGUCUGCAGGUCGAGCUGUCAGCUGCAUCCUUGGAGGCUGAAAGGAUGUCCAGGGAGGCGGCGCAUUACAAAGAGCAGGAGCAGGUCAGAGUCGGCGCUCUGACCACUGAGCUGCUGCAGCUUCGCUCUCAGCUGGAGGACGCAGGCUGUGAUCAUGAACGUCAACUCCAGAGUCUACGAGAGACUUGUAUGGACCUUCAGUCACGUGCUGAUGUUGCUCUCAAAGAGUUGGACCAGUGCAGAGCUUCCUUCUCAGCGACCGAGGAGAGUAGAGACCAGCUGAGGCGGGAAUUGCUGCACACUGAGCGCAAUCUCAACCAAACUCAGGACGCAACAGAAAGCCAAAGGAGAGAGAGCAUGGAGCUGCGACGCAACCUCGGUGAUGUCAGUAAGGAGCGGGACACUCUCAGCCAAUCAAACACCCAGCUGAGAGAAAGUCUGCGAAGUGCAGAAACAGAGAGAAUCAGCGUGAAACGACAAUGUGAGGAGAAGGAGCAGAGGCUCGCUGUGCUGGAGGAGAACUUCUCCUCUGCUCAGAAGGAGGUGGCAGAGCUACGCAGCUGCCUGAGAGAAGUUGAAAGGUCACGUCUCGAAGCUCGGAGAGAGCUCCAGGAGCUGCGCAGACAGCUGAAGGUCCUGGAUGUGGAGAAGGAGCAGAAAGGGAGGGAGGUGGCCGAGCUGCAGACUCGUCUGUCAGUGGAGGAGCAACGAGAUGAGGAGAGAGGGAAAGAUGUUUUCAUCCUCAAACAGAAGUUGAAUGAAGCUGAAGCUGCCAAAGAAUCUCUCAAAAAAGAGCUUUCCCUGAUUCAAAAGCGCCUGGUGGAGUCGGAGUCUGGCUGGCGAUGCUGUGAGAGAGAGCUGACGGUUCAGCUGCAGGAGGCACGUGGCUGUGAGAAGAAGCUCCAGGAUGAAGCUAAGAACCUGUCGCUACGCGCUCAGGCAGCCCAGGACUCUGCUGCUCAGGCCAGCCUGCAGCUGAGCGAGGCCCAGGGCCGCCUGGCCGCCACAGAGGCCGAGCUGACCAGGGCAGAGGCCGGGAGGAGGGACCUGGAGUUUCGUCUUCACAGCCUCCAGUCGGCACUGACGCGAACGCUGGGCAUCGGAGCAGCCGGCAGAGGGGGCCGGGGGAGGAGCCCGGUGGGGAGCUCCAUAUCACCCGGCAACAUAUCACGCCACCACAGCAUCUCACCCCUGCGCUCCUCACUCUCGCCUCCUAAAGAAUUUCACGUGAGCACCCCUGACAACACUUUAGGCUCAGCGGCUGCAUCUCCCGAGAGAGGGGAAACACCGUUGCCUCUUCUUCAGCCGGAGCUGGACCCUGAGACGCUGCGAAGUGGUUUGAGAGACUUCCUCCAGGAGCUGCGAGACACACAGAGGGAGCGGGAUGAUGCUCGAUGCCAGCAGGGGGCCCUGCAGCGGGAAAUGGAGGAGCUAACACGGGAAAGAGACUCUGCUCAGAGUCGUCAGACUCAGCUUCAGAACACUGUACAAGAAUACCAAGAAGGGAGGCGUGGCCUGGAUGAGCGUUUGACCACCACACAGAUAUUGCUCCAGCAGCAGGAGGAGACGGUGAGGAGAGGAGACAGAGAGAGGAGAGCUCUCAGCGACAGGGUGAAAGACUUGGAGCGAAUGCUGCAGGCCUCUGAGACGGACAAAAAACACACACAGGAUCAGCUGAAUAAGCAGCGCGCUGUUGAGAUGCGUCUGGAGGCCGAGAGGAAGCGUCUGCGGGAGGCUCUGGAAGCAGCUGAAGCUCGGGCCACCAGGGUGGAGCUGGGGAGGCGCAGUCUGGAGGGGGAGCUGCAGAGACUCAAGCUGAGUCUGGGAGACAGGGAGGCAGAGAGCCAGGCCUCCCUGGACCGACAUGACUCUCUACUCAAACAGGUGGCAGAGGGAGAAGCCCAGGUGUCUCUGCUACAGAGAGAGGUGGAGAGGCUCAGUCAGGCUCUGCUCAAAGCUCGGGAAGGUGAAUCUUUAGUCCGGGAGAAGAACGUCUCUCUGAACCAGAGCCUUCAGGAGGCGGCGGCCACUCACAGCAGCACACAGAGUCGUAUGGUCGCUCUGCAGAAGACACUAAGCAUGGCCGAACAGGACAAAACACUUCUACAGGAACGAACGGAUGAAGUCCGGGCCUCGUGUGGGGAAGCCAGGAGGAACAUGGCCGCCCUCACUGAGCGUGUGCAGAGCCUGCAGAGUGACCUGAACCAGAGCGAGAUGAGACGAGAGGAGCUGGAGGCUGAGCUCAGCAACGCUCAAGAGGCUCUGCGUCAGCGCUCCGCCGCCCUGGUGGAGGCUCAGCGCAGCGCCCAGUCAGCUCAGACAGAGCGAGUGGCUGUGGAGGAGAGACUGCGUGGGCUGCAGCGAGCGGUCGCCAUGCUGGAGACGGAGAAGAAAGACGCUGAAAGACAGGCUGUGAGGCUGGAGAAGGACAAGAACGCGCUGAGGAACACUCUCGAUAAGGUGGAACGUCAGAAGCUGAAGACGGAGGAAGGCAGCAUGAGACUGUCUGCAGAGAAGAGUCGUUUGGAUCGCUCUCUGAACACAACUGAACAGGAGCUGCAGGAAGCACAGCAACAGAUACUGAUGCUGCAGACUCAGCUGGCUGAGAUGGAACAGUCACACAGUUUCUGUGAGAGUUUGGGGAGGCAGCAUGAAGAGGCCCAGAGGGAGGCAGAGAGACUGAGGACGAGCUUCAGGGACAUCGAGCGAACUCUGGGCACCAGAGAGCGAGCUCACCGACACCGAGUCAAAGGCCUGGAAGAGCAGGUCUCCACCUUGAAGGAGCAGCUGCAGCAGGAGAUGAAACGGCGACAACCUUCUCUUACUUCGUCCUUACCAUCGACUGUAAACUGAGAUUCAGCUUAAACCCAGAAUCACCAGCCGUCCAGGGAAAAUCUACACAUCAUGAGUCUAAAUGCAAUAUUCACCCAUAGAAACAGACAAAGUGUUCUCGUCUUCUAACUCUAGUGUUAAAAAAAUGUUUGUUUAACUGUGUGACUCUGAAAUGAAGACUAGUCUUAUUUUGAUGGUGUUUUCUUACAUAAAAAACACUAAACUCAAACUGUAGCACUGCAGCAGACGACAGGCGAGGGAGUGAUGGGAUUCAUUCAGCUGUGCUUAAAAUGCCAGCAGCCUGCUGAUUACUGGCAACCAUCUACAUUUGAUCCUUGCUCGACAUCUUGCCAAAAACGUCCUGCUCUUACUCAAGACGAAAGAAACCCGAAUCACUGCAGGAUUCUCCUCCAGACACAAUCUGGAUGUGGUGCAGGACAGAAACUCUGCCAGUUUGGCCUCCGUUCCUCCACAUAUUAGCAGUGGAGAACAAAGGAGGAAGGAAGAAAGGUCUUCACUGUGGACGAGUGUCAGGAAACUAAAGAAUUGACUAUAAUGAAGUAACUGCACUGUAUUUUUUCUUAGAAACAGACACAGAUUUUACUGAUUAUAUGAAUAGAGUCUAUUUUAUCACUGAGAAAUGGGCCAGAAGCAGUGAAGUGCUGCAGUGGGAGGGUUGACUGACUGUAGGUGUGUUUCUAUUAGUUAUUACUAGUUUUAUUAAGUGUACAUUCUUUUAUUUUUACCAACUGUAUGUAGGACACUGAUGAUUAAAUAGAUGUGACUUGUAUGGACAGUAUUCAUAGAUGCCACAUGUUUAAGAGAAUAAA